AGCAACAAUACCUAAUAAUUUGCGGGAAAAUGAAAAACCAAAAUAAUGUGUCAUUUUAUUUUGUUACCCUAACUGCAACUAAUGUGCUAUUGGCAUAUUUUAAAUGAUAGGACUGAAAGAAAGAACGGCUUAGUACACAACCAGUGAAUUAUGGGUAUUCAAGGACUGUUGCCUUUCUUAAAGAAAUUGCACACCCCAGUUAAUAUUGCACAAUUCCAUGGACAGACUGUAGCCAUUGAUGCCUACUGUUGGUUACAUAAAGGUGCUUUUUCCUGUGCAGAGAAACUGGCAUUGGGUGAACACACAGACCAGUAUGUGUAUUUCUGCAUGAAAUAUGUUGAGUACAUGCUAAGAAAUGGACUGAAACCAAUCCUUGUUUUUGAUGGCUGUCAUCUUCCAUCCAAGAAAGGUGUUGAGAAAGCACGUAGAGAGCGCCGAGAUAUAUUCAAGAAGAAAGCUGCAGUCUUUUUGCGAGAAGGAAAACGUGCGGAAGCUAGAGAAUGUUUACAACGCUGCAUUGACGUGACACCGCAGAUGGCUCUGAAUCUCAUGAAUGCGUGUCGUGAGCGAGGUGUUGACUGUAUAGUGGCUCCAUAUGAAGCAGACGCUCAACUUGCCUACCUCAACAAAGUUGGAAUAGCCCAGAUCAUAGUUACAGAAGAUUCUGAUUUGCUACUGUUUGGUUGUGAAAAGAUCAUUUUUAAAAUGGACUUCAACGGUAAUGGAGUUCUAGUGGAGAAGAGUCGACUGAAUGAGGCCCUGGAGAUUCAGAACGGGUUCUACACGUUUGACAAGUUCCGCUACACCUGUAUUCUGUCAGGCUGUGACUACCUGCCAUCACUGCACGGAGUCGGUCUCGUUAAAGCUGUCAAAGUGUUCAGAUCGGCACGACAGGCAGACAUAAAACAACUGCUGAAGAAGCUACCGGCGUACAUUAAGUUGAAGAAUGAUGUUCCACCCGAGUACAUUGAUGGGUUUAUCAAAGCUGACAAUACGUUCCUGUACCAGCUGGCUUUUGAUCCCGUAAACCGGAAGUUGGUUCCUCUUAAUCCAUAUACACCCGAGAUUGAUUCAUCAGAACUAACAUAUGCUGGACCUUUACUUUCCCAUGAUCGUGCCUACCAGAUUGCACUUGGAAACAUUGAUAUAAACAGUGGACACAUAAUUGGCAAUUUCGACCCAGAUACGUUUCAGCCAAGCAAGUGUAGCAAAAAGAAGUCGGAACAUCUGCACUUCUUGAGUAUAUGGGACAAAAGUUACAGACUGAUGCCUAAGAUUGCUUUGAAGGAAAUUCAACCCACAGAGAGGCCAGUGUUGAAGGGCAAAGAGAUAACUGUGGAAACAAGAAUUGUUAAAAGACCAAGGGUUACCACAGAUUUCAAAGAUGUGAAAUCGGAUAAGGAGCUAGUGAACCUCUAUGAAGAACUUUCACCAGUGGCUAAAAGGUCCAAGUUUGAAGAACCUGGCAGUGAUUGGCCAGAACCUAAGGAUAAUGAGACCAACGAAAACACUUCACUUUCUUUCUGCUUAUCAGACGAAGAGACAUCUCCAGUAACAUCACCCGUAAAACAGUCUGACACAUUUGUGUCCAAGCAGAAACCUGUCAGUGCAGCCAAUAUUGGAGAAGUGGCCAUGAAAUUGGAGGAAACGGAAAACAAGGAAAAUACUGGUUUGGCUCCAAAGAGAAACAGAUUUGCAGUUUCGUCUCUGGUCAAAAAGAGAUUUAAUCUCAAUGCCUCGAAAGUAGAAACCACAAUUCGUAGCAGAUUUUUUGCUAAAGCUGAAGACGUGUGUCAGCAGGGUGCAUCUGAUCUAGAAAGUGAAAAGAACAAGAAAGAGACUUCAGUAACCUCAUUAGUUUCACAAACCUCCCAGAAUACUCCACAUUGUUCUGAACCUAAUACUACUGUGAUUGAUAGAGGACCAUGUGACAAUACGACUGUUGACAAACACACUGAUAACCGUUCUUUAUCUCCUGGUAAACCCAGUAAAACAGAAAGUAGUUUCCAUCGAUGUUCAUCGUUUGCUGGAUUUGAAAAAAGAACGUCAUCAUCCCCAGGUUCGGCCUUCAACUGGAAUAAAUUUAAAUACGGCUCAACCAAGACUUCUGAAAACUCGUCUCAUGGCAGCAGUGAUGUGUCUUUUAACAAGGAUUUCAAGCCUGUAGUAACUUCACAGCGGAAAAGGAGCGACUUGUUCUCUUUAUUUGCAAAAUCUGAUUCCUCGAAAUCUGAUUCUUUAAAAUUGUAUUCGUCUGAAGGAAAAGACUGCUCAAGUCAGCAAGAUAAUGCUACCUCAUCUCAGUUACAAACAGACACGGUUCUCUCUACACCAGAUUCUGACUUAUCCAGUGAAAAUGUAAGCAUUAGUGAAAACAAAAUUCACGACUGUUCACUCUCUUCAAAAAGUAUUCCAGUGGACAGUGUUUCAGCUCCUCAGAACACCAAUGAAUUUUGUUCUGUAUCUGUGAAAUCAAAAUCUUUAUUUACAAACAGAACUUCCAGUCAGUCUUCAUUAACCGAGAUCAAAUUGGACAUAACGAAGCCAGAUUGUCUUAAAUCUGACACGGUUUUCAGUAGACUUCAGAGAUCUGUGUCAUGUUCUUUGCUCAAUUCGUCGGGGGAGUCGGUGGGCGAGUAUGACACAUUCAGUCAGAGGUCUAACCUGGAGAGCAUCGACUUGGACUGCCUGUCCAGCCAGGACAUUAUUGAUCUCACAGAUGUGGAGGAGGAGAACGAAAGAUCUUCUCUGAGAGCAAGUUUACCUCAGUCAAAUUACAAGAAGAAAAUAUGUCGUGUUUCUGGACUGUCAAGAACAUCCAACAAGAAGAAAGAGAAACGUACUUCUGUAGAAAAUCAAAAAAGUAUAAAGGACAUGUUUUCAAAAUUUGCUUUAAAGAGGCAAGUGGAUAAGUUACCAGCAACCAGCAGCUUUUAACAGCCUAUGACAUGGACUCCAGUGAUUCCAUAGGAAAAUGUUUUUACCGGUUUUAGCAGUGACUUUUUUAUUAUUUUAAAAAAUUGUUUAAUUUAUGAACACUAAAAGUAAAAAACUUGAAAAUGUUUAUGGCAACCCAACCACAUGUAUUAUUAGGUUUGAAGUAAUUUUAAUAAUGAACCAUUUUUACCGUAAAAUAAAUUUUAAUUUUACUUAUU